AAACCACCCAAAAAAAAAAAAAAACAAACACGUUAACGAGGCUUAAACUAAUGGUACAAAACAUAUUUGAAUAACAGUAACGUCCUCCGUCCAUUUGACAUACAUCCACUUACUAUAGGGCCACCGUGUUGUUGGAAGGUCAGAUUUUGUGGGUAGACCCUGAAGGCAGCACCUGCUGCUUUUUGGCGCAAUCCGCUUUCGGGGUUCCCGUUUAGCUCGUUUCGCCAACAUUACGAAAGAUACAGAUAGGAAAAACUGUAUUUGAGGAUUCCAGCUCAUAUCUUUGACCAGCUAAGAUGAAAAGGAGUUACAACUUGUCAAGCAGACCAGCAGCAGUGUCACUGUUCAAUCAGAAGAAGAGAAAUCGAAUUCCUUUGACGUCGACUCCCUCGAAGGAUGACUUCUUUUCGCACACGGAGUUCACGCCAAGUACCAGCUCACCUGGCCCCCCCCUCGGUGCAUCAGGUGGCUACGGGGCUGACAGUACCUCGGCUUCCUCUUUUGACGCUUAUCCGAGUCACCGGUGGAACAAACAAGACAUCGCACCGUCUACUUGGUCCCAACAAAAUGUCGGCCACGGACCUGCACCAGGGGUGAAAUCCUACUCACCUUUACCGCAUCUGAACAAAUCUGGAAGUACAACUUCUGCGACGGGACCGGCCGGCAACCCGGAGACGCGGAAGGACGCCGGAUCACUUUUCACCGCUGGACGGAAGCAAUAUCAAAUCCCUUCCAGCGGCUUCUCUCAGUUGAGCCGGCAUCCAUCUUGCGGGCCUGCCAAGCCUACGCAGUUCCGAUCGCCGCCCGGUCCUGCCCGGCUAGCCGGCGCCCCAGCUGCUCGCGCACCGAUGCUAUGUCAUUUCAGCAAUAGUUUUGGACCGCAGGAUCCCACCUUUGUGGGGAAAAGGAGCGCAUUUCAACAACAGACACCACGAGAAACUCAAAUGCAGCAGCAGAAAGCUGUUCCUAGAAAAGCCGCGUUCGACAGCUCAGUCAGGAUUUUGACGGCAGUCGUCGAGGGCGUGAGAUACUGGAGCCAGUUCAAAGACAAAGUCUUCUGUAUUUUUGAGCUGUUCGCGACUCUCGACUCCGCCGUCACGCUGGGUCAGCACGGAUCCAAGAAUUUCCUGUUGAGGGACGGAAAGCACGUCGUGCAGUGCGUCUUCUAUGAAAACGAGCAGGAGCUGCCUCGACUCAUCCGUGGCCAAGUUUACCGCUGCGUGGGCAACUACGACCGCAGCAAAGGGGACUUCGUGUGCGCGUCGGUGCGAGCGGCCGAGCCCUCGGAGGUCGCCGUCGCUCACGGGGCCGUCCGAGCCUCCGACGCUCACAUGCGAAAACUCGUCAGCAUGUUUUAAAUGGCGACAUUUAAAGCACUUGAAAGCUUCAAAAUAGUUUGUGAUGUGAGUUUGGUAGGAUGAAAACAAAACAUUGACACGUUGAAAUGUUGGCAUGCUCGUCUUCAUGUUGGAAAAGUUUGUCCCGUGAAUUCAAAUAAAAGUC